AGUCCUGAAAGUGUUUUGAGUGUCAGCAGCAAGUGAAGAGUCACAUUGAUAUGGCUUGUUGUCGGAAAAUAAACUUACUUCGUACCUCUAAACUUGCUUUGCUGUCCUCCAUUCCACAGGUGGGCAGGGUGCACCACAGAGUGCCAGCAGCAGCAGCAGCAGGCCUCCUCAGGCACUGCAGCUCCUCCAGUGCCCAUGACAAUGCCAGCCGAUACCCCGUGCCCCCCAAGACUGACCUCCCUAACGACAUAGUGGAAGUCAUGGAUGAGGUGGAAACCAAGGGUGGAUUCCUUCCGAACGUGUUCAAGGCACUGUCACACAGACCAGAGGAGUUCAGAGCCUUCUUCUCCUAUUACAAUGCCCUCAUGAACAAAGAGACAGGAAAUCUGUCCAAGGCUGACCGUGAGCUGAUCGUGGUUGCCACUAGUGCCCAUAACCACUGCCUGUACUGCGUCAUAUCCCAUAGUGCACUGCACCGCAUCUACUCCAAGAAACCCAACCUGGCUGAUCAGGUGGCAGUAAAUUAUGGCACGGCCGAUCUGAGCCCUCGCGAACACGCCAUACUGGACUUUGCGAUGACUGUGUGUCGGAGCGAGAACGUGACGGAGGGCCACUUCAGGACCCUGCAGGAGCACGGGCUGGACAGCGAGGACGCUUGGGACAUUGCCGCCAUCGCCGCCUUCUUCGCCAUGUCCAACAGGCUGGCUCACCUGACAGACAUGCGACCCAACGCCGAGUUCUACAACAUGGGCAGGAUGCCACGGGACAAGGGGGGCAAGGGAGACAAGGGCAAGGGUGGUAGUGGCUGAUAUGUUGUAUUAUACUGUAUGUCUGUUAUCUGCCAACCCACACAGCACCGGAGUUGUAUAAAGUAGAAGUACUCGUAGUAUGAUAUUACAAAGUUGAAACCAUGUAAUACAAUGUCAUUAGUGUUGUCAUUACAUUUGUAAGAGUGCAUCUACCUCUGCUUUAUACAACUCUACACAGCACUGCACAAAAUGACUACUGUAUACUGUAGUUUUCUGGGGGCGACGGGACAGGGGAGGCAAGGGAGACGAGGGCAAGGGCAAGGGUGGCAGUGGCUGAUGUCUUGUCUGUUACCAGCCCACCCACACAGCACUGCACAAAACGACUAUACACUGUAGUUUUCUGGGGGCCACGGGGUCAAGAGAGGCAAGGGAGAUGAGGGCAAAGGUGGCAGUGGGCGAUAAGUUGUAUUAUUUUGGGUUAUUAUGGGUAACAUUUUUCUUUAGUAGCAGACGUCAGGUGGCACAACAACAGCUAAAGUCCAUGAAUGAAUUUGUGAUCGGUUGUUGAUGUAUGUGCAAUGAAUAUGCUUCUUACGUAGAUAAACUGGUAAAA